UUAAUAUAUUAUUUUGUCAUUUUUUUUUGCUAUUUUUAGUCUAUCUUCGAUGAUCUAAGAAAUAUUUGUCUUUAAAAUUUUUAUGACUUCCGGCUUUAUUUCUUUUUUCUUUCUCUGUCACUCAAUUUUCGCUUCUUUUCGCGAAAAAUAUUUAGUUACAAUAAGUAAAGUAUAAAUUGAUGACAAAAAAAAGUAUAGUAUAAAUUAUCUGAAUGGAAGAAUGAGGAGAGUUUUACCGACAAGAGGGCAAGCCAGAGAUGGAUACAUCUAGGUGGUUUUAUCAAAGAUGAACAUGCAAUAAGAACAAACCUCCAAACUCCUAAGUAGAUCGUUAUCCUAAAUUUUUUUGAGCAAAUCACUUUUUUUUUUUUUUUUAGAAGAUAUAAGUAGUAUGAGUUUAUGAAUGAAAUGUUGGAGAUGGGUUUAAUUAACACUCUUCCUUUUGACUCGUUAUAAGACGAAGACGGACCAUUAAGAGAUUAUUGGCCCAAUACGAAGACGGUCCAUUAAAAAAGUGAUCGGCCCAAUAAAAAGAUAACUAGCGACGAUGAAGAUGACCGGUUCAAAGUUCCACUGUCCGUAUGCAUUAUAAAAGGAAACAUUGUUCAUUAGAGAUAUCAAAAUUUGUGUAUCCCCGUUCUGAUAAUGGAGGAACUAGAUCGACCAGCAGCCGUAGCUGCAAAACGAAGCGGGAGUCCUAAAUAUAAUGAGUGUGCUAAGGCCCCGCGUGUGGAUCCAAAAAGCGGAUCUCCGUUGCUGUUGUUGUCUCCAGAAGAGGGUGGUAUUCGUGUGUGCAAGCCAGACGAAGAUAUGUUUUACGAGACGACGACUGACUUUUCAGGGUAUCGAUUCCUGGCAAGCUCGGGUAAGUGGUUCCUUGUGGUAGAUUCUCGAUCGGAUCUCUAUAUCAUAGAUGUGUUUAGCGAGGAUAGGAUCCAUCUUCCACCUUUAGAGUCAAUCAAUGGUGGCCUUUAUAUGGUUGAGCGAGUAGGAUCUAAUGAAUUCAAGGUUACCUUAAUUAGAGGCAUUUUGAAUGGUUCUUGUUCUGUUCAAACUACCAAAUAUCUAAGAGGUCUUUUGUGGGUAGACGACGAGAAUGGAGACUAUGUUGUUGUGUGGCAAUUUGAGCAAGGCCAAUUUUUAGGCUUUUGCAAGAAAGGGGAUUUACAUUACCGCGAUAUUCCAAUACGGGUCGAUGUUCGCAGGGAGUUUCGAGGCUUAAAAGAUGUGGUGCUUAAAGGUUAUAGUCUUUACUCCCUGGUGACUCGUAACUUCAUUCGACACAUGGAUUUGUCUGGUGGACAAGAUGGUUUCAAGGAUGUAUCUGUGAUCCCUAGGUUUCCAAUGUGGAUGCCAGAUACGCCUAGGGCUGAUUUUGGAACAGAAGGCAAAAAGGUCAUCUCUUUUAGCGAUAGAAUUGCUGUUACAACAUCAGGAGAGGUUUUGUUGGUCUUUACCAAGGCUUACGAGCCUUUCUGUGAAAGGUCUAGGAUCUUCCGCGUCUACAAGAGGGAUCCUAAAGAGCUAGACCCGAAUACAUACGACACUAGGCUUGUUGAGAUGGAAUCUAUAGGUGAUGAAGCCCUGUUUUUCGAUUUGGGUAUCACCGUGCCUGCUGACCUUACCCUUGGUAUUGAGCCUAACUCCAUCUAUUUCACCCGUAAUGACCGUUUCGGUCACAAGAACAUUUGCAUUCCAUGCCUGAUCGACAUAUGUGUGUACAACAUUGCAACAAGGACCGUUAAACGCUUCCACAAUCUCUCCAACUUAAAUCUCAAGGAUGCACAGUGGUUUCUCCCCUCUUGAUUUGGUGUUUUUAAGAGUUUCUAGCUCUUGCCUUGUCAUUACUCAUUCUCCUGUUGAGACAUUCCAAGACUCUGCUUUGUUAUCCUGAUUUUCUUUUUCAUGUAUAUUAUUAUUUGACAUUGCUUAGUGUUUAAAAUACCUUUUAAGUCUUACGUUCCAUAUUUCAAACCAUUACUUCAGAUCAAAUUAUCAUACACUCGUUGUAAGCAUUAUUACAGAGUUUUCUUUUUGUUUUUAAUGUCUUUGUGACAAUCAAAUCCUUAUCGAUGCCGGUCAGCAAUUUCACUAUGCUUCUCACAAAGAUUGAGAGCUCCAAGUUAGAAAAAUGAAUAAGAAGAGAGCAUUGAGAUUUGUGAGUACUGUCACAACGAUCACAAGAGAAUAUGAGAGUAAAAAAAAAAGAAGUCUGGUCAUUCUUUUAAU